AUGUCUUCUCAUGAUUCUGGCAUUACUGAUGCAUACGGUGAAGAUAAUGAAGAUAAAAUGUUUGGUGAUGAAACUAGUAAUGAUAAUGCUAAGAACGAUGUACCAUGGAGAAUGCACUAUACUUCCAAUGAUAACGAAGAAAAGAAUACAGCCCUCCGCAAGGAUUCUGUUGGAGAGAUUGAUAACGCUGACGUUUGGAAAACUUCUAACUCAAAACUUGAUAAAGAAAUAAAUUGUGAAACCUCCGAUCAGUUAGUACAAAUUACGAGAGCUAAAUCUAGGCAUGAUUUAGAUUCUUCCUUGGUUACUGCGGCAACUGCACAAUCUAGUUUACCUGAAGCAACGGAUAGUAAAAAAUAUCUGGACAAGGCUGAUAACAAGGCUGAUCAGCAAUGUGGCACCAAUAAAAUUCCGUGGAACACUAGCAGCGUCGUUGCACAUACUACACAGGAACAUAAAACUCAAAAGUCGAAAUUACUUAAAAAGAAUAAGAAAUCAGCUGUAAAAAAGGAUGCUAGCCAUCAACAAAAAGGCAAGAAUGAUCAUUCUAUCGAAGCUAUGGGAAAGCAAGAAACAACAAUUUCAACCGCAAUUGAAUCUAGCAGUAAAAUAAAUAAGGAUAGACAGAAAUCGUUACAGCAACCGUUUAGUACGGCUAAGGACACUGAUAAUAGCAAAGCUCUACAAGCGGUUGCAGAAUCGCCAUCCUCUUCGUCAUCUCACCCUAUCGGUAGCAAUCCGAAUGUUGAUAAAAGUGCUAGUACGCACUUUAAUAAGGAUAUCGAUAAUCCUCCCAAUAAAGCCAAUACUAAGAAAUCAAAGAUGACUACUCAGCAUCAAAGUAAACCCGUGUACAAUAAUAAGGCUAACAGUAAUAAAUCGAUCAAUAUCGAAAAGCAAUCUGUCAAUCGUGACGGAAAGCAGACAAAGAAAGGGCCAGCAUCGCAUGCAGAUCCAAGUAAUAGUGUACUUGCUAACAAAAAGAUGAGUCAAGAAUUGAAACAGAAACAUGCCAAUACUAAUAUACAAGAAUCAUCCAUUUCUCCUUCAAACAAUAUGCAAUCGAAAGCGAUUACGACCGCAUCAAGCUCAUCUUUUAAUAAUUCAACAGAAUCGUAUGCGCAGUCAUUCUCACGAGAACGCCAUGAUGAUUCUAGUAAUCGAAAGUCAGAUAUUACACAUAAUGAGUUCUAUUUAUCAUCUGUAGGAAAUUUGGGAUCAACCUCUCCUGAUGAUGCUAGACAUGCUGGUAACGAUGGCCACCGAUAUAAUAAUGACGACGUGGGUAUUAGUGGGAAAUCCAUAAGUUACCGGCCUUCGUCAAUUCCAUCCAGACAUUCGGCGUUUACAAGCUAUCGACCACAUAGUGCAUCUCCGCAUUAUGCUUCCAGGGAAGCUUUGCAAAAAGUGCCACAAAACAUUUCUACUGAAAAUCAAGUGGAUAAUUAUGCUGGCCAUUGGAAUACUCCAUUAGUGCCAUCUUUUGAUCAAUCUAGUCCACCUAGAUUAAGUGUAAAUGAGAAUACGAGUAUAAAUAACCAACCAGUAAAUAGGAAUUCGAUUAAUCACGGUGCACCACCAAUGCUGUCAACAUUACCACAUUCGAUGGGGGCAUCACUGCAAUAUUAUGAUAAAGCUAUUAUCGAUGUCCAAUGUAGUGCAGCCCCUCCUACUACAUUAACUUCGCGGUCAGACUAUGAACAUCCACCUCAGAGAUUAUCAGCUGGAGUAGCUAUCCAGCCUAGAAGUAACUGGCGAAGUCAUGAUUCGCACCGGUAUCAAAAUUGGUCCGCAGAUGCUGGAGAUGAUUACUCUGCUGUUUCAGAUGAUCGCUAUGGAUCUUGGCCUAAUUCGAACCGAUCACCAAGUUACCCUAAUAAUGUCGCUCCCUAUGUUAAUAAUUACCAGUAUUAUGCACCUCCGGCUAGCCAACAUGAUAAUAAUUGGCCCAAUGUCAACGAAAGGCAACUACAGCAGUCUGAGGAGGAUACCUCAUCAUCUUGGGCUGCGUCAUUUAUGGAAGAUUUAAAUAAAGAUGAUAGCACAAGUUCUAGUGGUGAGAAAUCAAUCGUCGAUUAUAAUCCUCUGAAUUACUUUGGAAAUAGCAUUUGGGCACCUAAGGAUGACAAGAGUUUAUUUUAA